AUGUGGAACACAAACACAUUGUAUCUUGGUGUCGAGGGUGUGGAAUUUCCACAUGGUCCGCGAUCAUGGUGUGGACUUCGUCCACACCAUCCACACAAAAGUCGCCGACCCUGCCUAGUAUUGAGGAGGCACCACACCUUAUCGAACGCAGCCCAGAAUGUUGCUGCGAAAUUAGCGCCGAGGUUUCAGGGCCCGUUUCGAGUUAGUAAAGUACGGUCAUCUGUGGUGUAUGAGCUUGCCAGUUUAGACCAUACCCCGCAGGGAAAGGUGCAUGUAAAGGAUUUAAAGCCAUACCGCGCCCCCGAAAGGGCAGAUAGAGCGCUCGAGGAGGGCCCCCGAACUACCGAGAGGAAGAUUAGAGAAGCUGUCGAGGUCAUGGAAGGCUCGGCCCGCCGCAGCUUCAACAGAAAGUACAGGGCCCUCUUCCAAUCCAUCACGGAAGAUUACCCGCACUUCUGGGCGGACUUGGGGGACCUGGUGGAUACGAUCCAGCGCAGCCGCUGCGUGGCGGGCAGUGCCCUCGUAACAGAGUGGACGCCACAGAGGGAAAUCGCCACCCAGACCGGGCCCAGCGGCCGGGAAGCCGCGAUCCAGGCUAGACCCAGCCACCGGGGGGCGGCGACGCAGACAGCUUCCAACCAGGAGGGCGCCCAGGACCGGGGAAAGACCACCGAGAUGAGAAGGCCCAUCGGCGUGGGACGGGGCCGUGGCUGGGGCGGCCUGAACCCAGAUCGGGCGCCCCCAAGGCUCACGACCUCCACCAGCACCCGGGAGGAGCCCCGGAGGAAGACCCCCAGCCCAAAUACAUUAAACACAGAGGACGGUGAUAAGUCUACUGCUGAUAAUGAAAAUAAUAAUAAUAAUAAUAGUCUUACAAAGCACACAUUUGUAAUAAAUUCAGCUAAUUUUACGAAUAACUUACGUAAGCUAGCAAUUGAUAAUAAUUUAACACAUGCAGCGUUAAAUAAGAUUUUGGAAUUAAUACAUCCAGCUUAUCCAUUUUUACCGUGUAGUGCUAGAAAUCUAUUGCGUACUCCUAGGACAUUGGAAACUAUUUCUUUUGAUAACGGCGAGAUGUAUUAUUUUGGCAUUGAAAAAGGUUUGACGCAUAAAUUACAGAAUGGUGGAUUGAAUGGCGAAAUAUUAACUAUCAAAUUAAUUAUAAAUAUUGACGGUUUACCACUAUUCAAGAGUAGUAGAACUGACUUGUGGCCAAUUUUAGGUCGUAGUGAUGAUACUGUAGAUUCACGUCCAUUCAUGAUUGCAUGUUUUUGUGGCGAAGGAAAACCGACAAAUCUUGAAAAAUAUUUAGAGCUUUUUAACGAAGAAAUAAUUUCCUUACGAAAAAACGGGUUUCAAUAUAACGGAAAAAUAUAUUAUGUUGAAAUUGAAUGUUUUGCGGCUGAUGCACCCGCAAGAGCUAUGUUAAAAAUGAUUAAAGGGCAUACGAGCAUGUACGGAUGCGAAAGGUGUACUAUUAAAAAAGUAAAAAAACAAAUUUUUUUUCCAGCUAAAAUAAAUAAAUCGGUUACUUUGAGAACAAAAUAUGAUUUCUUAGAUGAGAAUACGAAUGAUAAUAAUCAUCUGAAAGGAAAGUCGCCAUUACUUGCUUUAAAUAUAGACCCCGUGAAACAAUUUAUAUUGGAUCCCAUGCAUAUGAUAUAUCUAGGUAUUAUGAAACGUAUCUUUGUGAAGUAUUGGGUAGAAGGAGGGCGUCACUGUAAACUCUCUCGACAAAAUCUUGCAACAAUUGAUUAUAAUGUACGGAAAAUAUGUCCAUUCGUCACAUCUGAUUUUUGUCGAAAACCUCGAGCUUUAGUAAACUUAAAAAAUUUUAAAGCGACUGAGUUCCGGUUUAUUGUUUUAUAUAGCGGCGUAAUUAUUUUCUACAAUGUUCUUCAUGACGUAAAAUAUCGACAUUUUUUAUUACUUCAUGUAGCAAUUACUAUUUUAUCUAGUGCAUCUAUGAUCGAGGCUUACCUACACGUAGCUGAAGAAGCAAUUAGAAAAUUUGUUCUCAAAGCUCCUAGAAUAUAUG